CCUGCAGUCCCGCCCGCCGCCGACCGAUCGGAUUGAACAUCCAGCCUCCAACCCACUCCUCCCAUCCCAUCCCACUCCUGCUGGCUUGCUUACUUGCUCAUACGCAACUUACUACUUACUUGCUUGGCCAUGAUGGUCUGACCGUCUGAGAGACCUUGCAUUCUGCUGUGCAACAAUUGUGUUCUCCAUUGGGAAUAUGCCACAAUCAUGAACCAGCCACGCUCGGAUGUUGCCGCAACAUCGUCAUCAUCAUCAUCAACAACAAACACAACAACAUCAUCUUCGUCAGUGACUGGUGCCAUCCGCACAGAAUCCCGAAGGAAGGCAUUAGGAGCUGUUGCGAAGCGCGCGUGUGAUCAGUGCAAAUUUCGGAAAAUCAAGUGCAGCUUGUCACAACCAUGUCGAGCUUGUGUAUCUAUGGGCUUUGAGUGCACGUUUUUCCAGCCUCAGAAGAAAAGAGGCCCCACUGGCCACCGAGUAUCCCAGAUUCGGCAACAACAAAAUAACCUCUCAUUGAACCACCCCCCAGCUCAGGAAGCAUCGAAUUCGUUCCCAAAUGCUUUCCCUUACCAUCCAAAUUCCUCGCCUCGAGGUGAUCAGGUUCCCCAGGCCCUUCGAACUCAAUCCUGGCCCAUUCCAAGCGAAAACCCAGUAUCCAUAGAGCUCGCUCCUUCAAGUGCGACUCCAUCCAUACAGCCAGGCUGGAGCACAGACGCUUCUGAGUCACAAAGCAAUGGUGGGAUUUGCUGGAACGAGCGCAAUGAUGUAGAAUACUGGCUUCCAGAUACCCUGGACGCUCAAUUGCCCGUGUUUGACUUCCCGGGGAACAACAUCCUCUUGAAAACGUCGCUUCCCUCCAUUAUCGAGACCCAUCCAACCUCCGCAAGCCUACAGGCGCCGACUAUACCUUCGACGGGUGCUACAGCACCGAAAACAGACAUUGUACCGCCAGACUCUCAUCAUUUGCAAAUGGUGUGGCCUGCGUCAAUUGUUGAAGCUAAUAUGAUCCCGUGGAUUGAUAUUUACUUUGAUCGUCUGCACCCUACUCUGCCAGUCCUGAACCGCGCGGCUCUAUUCAUCCGCAUGUUGGCUCACGAACACCGGAGAAACCCUCAAUUCGGCGCAAUGUUGUUAGCGCUGUGUGCCUUUGCUCUCACGCAACCGAUCGAGAUACAGGAGCGUCCGACGUCCUCCUCCCGAGCGAGCCAAGCGAGAUCCAUGAUGCAUGAAGCGACAAAGAUGCGGAGCUGUUCUGAUUUCGGUGAGCAUCCCACCAUCGAGGCUGUCCUAACCAGCUUCUACCUAUUCGGUUGUCUUUUUGGUAGCAAUCAGCAUAAUGCGGCUUGGCUUCGCCUGCGGGAAGCCCUAGAUCUCGCGGCUACAAUGGGUCUCAACAAUCCAGAUUCAUACCAAGAUUUACCUAGCGAGGAAAAAGGCCAGCGACUACGGACUUACCUAGUCUUAUCAAUCACCGAAAGAGCGUAUGCGUUACAACGCAGGCAUCCGAUUACCUUCUGGGGCAGGCCGGGCUUUAGUAUGCGGCCUGUUCAUGACUUCAUUCACACUGCCACCCACAGUUUGGUGUCUGGUAUCAUCGUCCACAAUGAAAAGGACGCGGAGGGGAUGAUGGGGUUGGCCCGCUUGAUGGAGUUGUUCGAUGCCAUUGAUGAGGAUGUCGUUGACUGCUGGAACCAACAGUGUAGUAUCCAAGCUGGUUAUUGCGAACAGCUCACAGCGGCAAAGGCAUUGGUGAUUCACCAGAACCUCAACCGUGUCAGCGAAUCCGAGCUAUACAAAGGUUACAAUUGGUUUGAAAGCUCCAAGUUAGCUCACGGUGGUGAUCAAAACCGCCCUACAAUCGGUUUAAGAGAGACACAAAGUGCAGAUGUUUUCAUCACCAAGAAGUGGCUCCAGAACCGGAUAUGGGUCCUUUGCUCCACUCAUGGUUUCUUACGGCCCGUAUCCGAGCACCGUGAACUCUGUCUUGAUUUCGCUGUAACGCUUGCACAAGAGACGUUAGAUAUAUGUCGAGCCCUACCUUUGAGCUCCAUGGAGGCCCACGGAAUAGGCUUGGUGGAAAAACUCUAUGACAUCGUAGUUGGGGCCAUCAGCGUACUAUACAAUAUCCAGAUGCCCCUCGCCAAGGGCAUUACCGUGCCACCUCCCGCGGGAAUAAUACCGAACAUGCAGCUCCCCAUCUCUCAUAUGUCCGAUGGUGGAACGUCUCCCAAAUCAUUGGCAGGAGAUUAUUUGCUUCUGCUUAACACACUCCGUGGGGGCAACCAUCCUUUCAUGGACAAGUAUAAGGCACUCUUGAGCUCCGUUCAUACGACUAACGAUACCUGGGCAGCGCAAUAG